AUGUCCACAGUAACAGAAGCACCCCCGUUCUACACGCCAACGGCAAGGCGACCGUCGACGGCCUCCUCAACCCCCUCCCUCCCAGCCUAUUCCUCGCCCGCCAUCGCCUGCCGACAGCAGCAGCCCUUCACACCGACGACGACCCUCAAGAUCAUCAACCCAGGCAAGCCAACCAUCUCCCUCCCCGGGCCCCCGGCCCCGCACCCCAUCCCGGUCCACGACGCCGCAGCGCCCCCCGGCGCCCCCGCAAAGUACAUCUCCCUCCGCGCAAGCGGCCGCUCCGGCACCGCGACCCUCGUCCCGGGCCACGACACGUCAGCCCCGGCCCUCGCAACGACAAGCUACCGCUUCGGGCCCAGACGGCCGCCAACCCUGACGCUGCACGGUCACGGCCACGGUCACGGUCACGGCCUCCCCCCCGACCCCGACCCCAACGCCGGGCCCUCUCAUGAGAAAGAGCGGGAAAAGGAAAAGAUGGCGGCGCGGGACGUGCUCGAGCUUGUGGCUGUCGCGAGCUGUAUCGCCAUGCUCAAGAGGGAGGUGGACCGGCUGCGACUGAGGCAGGGGCUUGUCAUGGCGGGGGCGGCGGGAGGCUCGUAG